AUGAAUCACUUUCUACGUGGACUUGUCCUGCUUGCAGGCCCCGUGGCCGUAGUUAUGGGGCUUCCACAGGGUCCCAUAACCGCUGCUCCGGUCGAGACUUCUUGCGCAGACGUGACAAGCACUCGAUGGGGCAUCGAUACCACAGUAACAGACUACUAUGGAUUUGCGCAGUCGCUCAUUUCCAAGUACUUAACCUCUGGGCAUUCGCACACAGGAACGAGAAUCCCAAUCCACACCACCACUCGCUACGAUUCGAGCCGUGGGGUACUCUGGACGGCGUACGGCUACAUGCAAUCUGACGUAUUAGAAGCGGAAGGCUACCGCAUCAUCAGCUCGGUCACCACUACAAGGAGAUGCUCCACCAGCUCUGCAACAUGCUCGCCCCACGGCGAUCAUUGGCAUUGUCCAGCCGGAGUAUCACAGCCGACUACUCCUCCUCCGCAGCUGACCAGCCCAACUUCAAAGGAGACAACAUCUCCUCCACAGACAUGUUCGCCUCAUGGGGAUCACUGGCACUGCCCAUCAGGCGUGCCACAACCAACCACGCCUCCGCCUCAGCAAACCACUGCACCGGACACCACAUCUGUCUCCAUCGGGACCUGCACACCCCAUGGCGAUCACUGGCACUGCCCAUCAGGCGUGCCAGAACCAACUACCCCUCCGCCUCAACAGACCACUACACCGGACACCGCCUCUGCUUCUACCGGGACCUGCACUCCCCAUGGUGAUCAUUGGCACUGUCCUCCAGGUGUGAGCGAGCCUUCCACACCUCCAGCUCAGGAGACGACCCCACCUCCACAGGGGACAACUACGCCCUCGGGCGUAUGCACGCCUCACGGAGCCCACUGGCAUUGUCCUCCAGGGGUCACUGAGCCUACCACCACUCCUCCACAGCACAACACGGAGACAACAAAGACCGGGGUCCCUCCUCCGGCGCAGACGUGCACUCCGCAUGGAGAUCAUUGGCAUUGCCCAUCUGGGGUCCAGGAGCCGACGUACCCACCUGGCAGCGGCGAUGAUGGCCAUGAUCACAGUCAGAACGGUGGACAUACUAACAACGCGGGCGAAUGCGUUGCCCACGGGGACCACUGGCACUGUCCAGCAGGUGUUUCAGAGCCCAGUUAUCCUCCAAGUGAUGACCACACGGGCUCUGGUGAUGGUGUCCGGAAGCCAACCAACCUUCCCAGCAGUACUGCUGGGGCAUCUGGCUCUGGGUCAAAGUCAGGAUCUGGCGCAGUAGGCGGCUCCGCGAACGGCUGCACUCCACAUGGGGAUCACUGGCAUUGCCCCGAGGGAGUCAAGGAGCCAUCAUAUCAGCCUGGCAGCACCCUGGCGCUUUCCACGCCUACAAGACCUGGAUCGGCUGCCACCUCCUCCCCUGCCGUGGUUGUAAAUGCUGCCGUAUCUCUGCAAGGUUCAAAGACUGCCUUCAUGGGGAUGAUUGCGGCUCUGUUUUGCCUCCUCGUAUAG